UAUUGGAACAUAUCAAAUGUCACCGUACCCAUCCUAUGUGAAAUAGAUUAUAAACUAAUCUUUGUUUAACUUUUACACAUACUACAUAAUACUACAUAACCUAACGUAAAUCGUAGUGUUAAGUUAACAAUUAUCAUCUGAAAAUGAGUUGCUCCCGAGGAAAUAACGCUAGAACAAGGCCUCAGAAACAUCAAAAUAAAACUGCGUUUAAGAACAAUUUGCAUGACACUAGUAAGAAAACAAAAUUUUUAAAUAGUUUAGAAGUGACUGGAGUCUGCGAACGUUGUAAAGAAAUAAUAGAAUGGAAAAUAAAGUACAAAAAGUACAAACCUCUCACAGCUCCGGCAAAAUGCGUGGCUUGCGAACAAAGAAAUAUUAAACAUGCUUACCACGUUAUGUGUAUUAAUUGUGCAACUGAAAAAAAAGUUUGCACCAAAUGUUGUAAAUCAUCAGAAGCAAUUGUUGACAAAAAAACAGAAAUAGUUGAUAAUGAGACAAAGUUACAGUCAAUCAUAAAAAACCUACCUGAAAGAAAAAAAAGGACAUUGUUGAGGCAUAUAAAGAAAAAAGAAAAUGAAGGCAAUGAAGUCACUACCUCUGAUAUAGACACAAUGUUAGUAGAAAUAGGAAAACUUGAAUUAGAUAAUGACUCAAGUGAGGAUGUAAAUUUUUUUGAUUUAGAUGAUUAGAAAGAUAAACAAAAUAAGAGUAAAUAAUAAACUAUGUUAUCAAU